AUGAAGGCCAACACCCAUCGCCCUGCGGCGUCUUCGCCGCACGCGCGGCUGCCCACUACGGCGAGCAAGAGCCGCCCCCUUUCUCGCUCGGCUCCAGCCAACCGUGGUGUUUCCCACUCUCACCUGGGGACCGGGCAAGCCUUCCCCCCACCCACCAAAGUGGACGACCAGCACCGUCUACACGACCAGCGUCCAGACCAUCACCAGCUGCGCCCCGGAAGUGACCCAAGUGGCCCGGACCACAGCAUCGUCCUCACCACGGUGACCAUCGCCGUGAGCACCACCAUCUGCCCGGUGACCGAAACCGAGGCCCCGCCCCCGCCCCCACCACCACCCACCACGGUCGUGCCGCCGCCCCCUCCCCCGCCUCCCCCGACGCACACCACUCACCCGCACCCCCCGCCGCCUCCCCCUCCUCCCCCGCCGGCCAGCAGCACCAAGUCGGCCGAGGCUCCUCCCCCCCCUCCUCCUCCUCCGCCGCCGCCGCCGCCGCCCCCGGUCGUCACCAGCCCGCCCACCCUUUCAGUGGGCACCACCGCGCUGCCGAGCAAAACGGCGACGAGCCAGACCCCCUUCACUGGGGGUGCUGCUGACCUCAGGCGUGCAGCGGGCUGGUGA